UCAUGCUUGAGGUUGUUUUCACCAAACUUGGGUUUUUCCCCAAAUAAGCUGGCAUGACUCUUCAACUUACUUAUAUAUAUAUAUCGCCAAUGAACUCAAAACUAUAUGUCCGUAGACUUGAAGGUUGACGAGAUCCAACAAAUCUUCUCCACUAAGUCAUGUUAAUGAAACAGUGAUCCCGAUUAAUUUACGUAAUUUAUAAAAAGAGGGAAGACAAGGUUGUGAACAGAAAGGGAAAGUGAAAUUAGAUUUACAGAUUUACUUGUGAACACAAGUUGUGAGGAAAGGUUUGAUUGUCAAAAAUUCGGUAACGCAAUGGGCAAUGUGAAGAGUAUAUGGUCCAAAAGAGAAGAGUGUCCGAAUAUUGCUAAUGGUGAAACAAGCUCAAGCACGAACUCACCUUUUGAUGUGAACAUUUUGAUGUCGGAAAAAACUGUUAACGGUGAGAUGGAGGGAACUGGGACAGAAGUUAUUGAUGUGAAGAUCGUUUCCGAAGAAGUUGAAAACAUAGAACCAGUCAAUGGUGAAGCGACAAAAAAGAGAAAGAGGAAGAGAAGAAGGAACAAGAGACUGGCUACAGACGUCGUUUCAAAUUCUCAUGACCGAAUGGAAGAUACUCGUUCAAGUGAAGAACAGCGUGUACAAUCUCAAGGCAAUAAUGGUCAACAGAUGGGUACACAUAUAGUCAGGUCUCUUUCUGAAAAGCUGAGCAUCGGAGAUGUGGAAAUUUUCAAAAAGAAAAAUUUUGUCACCAGGUCAACGAAAACGCUUCUCAUUCUUGACGUAAACGGUUUGCUUGUGGAUGUAAUUAAUCCCCCGCCGAAAGAUUGCAAACCGGAUAUAAAAAUUUCAAGACGGGCAAUAUUUAAGAGACCCUUCUUGGAUGACUUUUUAGGAUUUUGCUUUGAGAGAUUUGACGUUGCCAUUUGGUCUUCAAGAACCAGGAAAAUUUUGGACCCUGUGGUUGACUAUUUGUUAGGGGAUUUGAAGAAGAAGCUGGUGUUUAUUUGGGACUUAUCUCACUGCACCAAUUCAAGUGCCCGAAGCCUUGAAAACUAUCAUAAGUUCAUAGUCUUCAAGAAACUGGGGAAGAUAUGGGAAGGAAAUGGUCGUAUCGCUUCUGAAAACGGAUAUUAUGAUGAAUUAAACACGUUGUUAUUGGAUGAUUCCCCAUAUAAGGCAUUACUAAAUCCUAAGCACACUGGAAUCUUUCCGUUGUCUUACACGCACAAGGAUAUAAAUGACAAGUCCCUAGGCCCUGAUGGUGAUCUUCGAGUCUAUCUAGAAGGUGUGGCCGCCAGUGAAAAUGUCAAAACGUAUGUAGAGCAACACCCAUUCGGUCAACGGGCCAUAGAUGAAACAAACCCCGAUUGGGCAUUUUACUCAAGGGUUCUUAAGAAUGUAUUUUAGUGCAUCUCAUCUUUGCUAUCAAGCUAAUUAAGUAACCCAUUGCAACAAGUUGUUUUAAAACUAUUUUCAGAACUAGCUUUUGCUCAUCUUUUUUUUACAUGUUUCAUAUAACAAUUAGCAUACGAAGAUUGUAAUACACAUUGACAGGAGAAAACCUGGCAAGAUAGGACUUUUGACCUAAUUGCUCCCACAGUCAACAAAUGUAUCAGGUUAUUUUGAAUCUCAGUUUUAUUAGAUAUAUAUGAAAUGUAACUGGUUACUGGUCU